CCGACUCGUCUUCAUACGAGAAGAAGCAAGAGAAACCAGCAGGCGGCACCGGGCUGAAGCUCCACAUGAACCCGGUUCCUUCUUUAUUUUUCCAUCUCUUCCCCCCCUUCUCCUCGUCAUCGGAUUGUUUAUUUGUUAGAUUUUGGACUCGGGCUGGAUUGUAUUGUUGAAAAGGUGGCAGCGAUUUUCCUUCCUCCUCAGCAGCACAGCAGCUAACGCCGACAUCUUCUCAUCGAGCGCUGGCGACGCCGUCAAGAGGAGCACAUGAGGAGCGGAGUGACGGCAGCAUCCUGACCAGUCACCUCUGCACCCACCCUCCCCAAAACAAGAGGGCCUUAGAAGGAAGGAAGGAAGCCAGCGACCACUCCUCCUACAGGCAUGAGGUCCUUCCGCUCCUUCAGCAAUGACGACCGCCACGUCAUGGCCAAGCACUCCACCAUCUACCCCUCCUCCCACGACCUGGAGGCCGUCCAGACGCUGGUAUCCAACGUGGAGUGCGCCCUCAAGCACGUCUCGGACUGGCUGGAUCGGAGCGGCUCGGAGGGCCAAGCUUCGGGCGGCAGGGAGGAGGCGGAGGCGGAGGGGGAGGAGGAGGCUGGCGGUGAAGCCGAGGGCUCCGGCGAUGGCUACAGGGAGGUGAGCAGCGGCAGGGUGCUGUGCGGAGUGAUGAGAAUCGGCCUGGUGGCCAAAGGCCUCCUGAUCAAAGGCGACAUGGACCUGGAGCUGGUGUUGAUGUGCAGAGACAAACCCACGCUCACCUUGCUGGACACGGUCUGCAGCAAUCUGCCACAGCAGAUCCAGAAGCUGACAGAGGAGAAAUACGAGGUCACUAGCUCCGCCCCCGAGGCGGCCAUCCUGGUUCGGACCACAACGCAGCCCCCGCUCUCUCUGAAGAUCACCCUCACCUCGCCCGCCAUGAGAGGUGACGAGGAGGAGGACGAGGAGGAGGAGUUGGAGGAAGAAGAUGAGGAGCAGCAGCAGCAGGAGGAGGAGGAGGAGGAGGAAGGGGAAGAAGGCGGGGACGACGUGGCGUUAGAUGGGGUGGAAGAGGAAGAGCGGGAGGAGCAGGAGGAGCAGGAGGAGCAGGAGGAGCAGGAGAAGAGGAACGGCCACGUGCCGGCUGCUGCUGCUGCACACAGAGUGGAGGCUGAUGAGGAGGAGGAGGAGGAGGAGGAAGAGGGAGAGGUGCUGGAUAGACACAGAUGUCUGUUGGCCCUGGCAGCGCUGCGACACGCCAAGUGGUUCCAGGCUCGAGUGAACGGACUCAAGUCCUGCGUGAUCGUUCUCAGGAUACUCCGAGACAUGUGCAAUAGACAACCCACCUGGGAGCCCCUUAACGGAUGGCCCUUGGAGCUGAUCUGCGAGAAGGCCAUCGCCACCUGCAACAGGCCCCUCGGGGCCGGGGAAGCCCUGCGUCGGGUCAUGGAGUGUCUGGCUUCGGGCAUCUUGCUACCAGGUGGUCCAGGUUUACACGACCCGUGUGAGAAAGAACCCACAAACACAUUAGCCGCCAUGAUGGAUGAGCAGGCUGAGGCCAUUACCUACAGCGCACAGCACGCUCUCAGGCUCAUGGCCUUCGGACAGAUCAGCAAAGUGUUGGAGAUGGAGCCUCUCCCUUCAAACAAACCCUUGCACAAAUACCCCUGGUGUGAUAAAGAAGGCUUGGGUCUGAAGAGGCCAUACGAGGAUGGGAUGAUGGAUGACAAAGACCUCAUCAAGAAGAUGAAGAGGAAUCUAAGAAAAGUUCUAGACAGCAAAGCCAUAGACUCCAACCAGCCAAUGAACGCCCUCAUGCGCUUGAACCAGAUCCGUCCAGGUCUGCAAUAUCGCCUCCUGUCCCAGUCGGGCCCGGUCCACGCUCCCGUAUUCACCAUGUCCGUGGACCUGGACGGGACCGUCUAUGAAGCAUCGGGGUCCUCCAAGAAGACAGCCAAGCUCCACGUGGCUGUUAAGGUCCUCCAAGCUAUGGGUUACCCCACCGGGUUCGACUCCGACCUGGACCCCAUGAGCUCGGACGAGAAGUCGGACGGCGAGGGCAAAAGCGAGACGUCCUCGCACACCAGCAAUAACGCCACACACUCCUCAGACAGCUCCAACACGCUGGAGGUGCGAACUCAGGGUCCCAUACUGACGGCGAGCGGGAAGAACCCGGUCAUGGAGCUGAACGAGAAGCGACGAGGCCUCAAGUAUGAGCUCAUCUCGGAAAGCGGCGGCAGCCACGAUAAGCGCUUCGUCAUGGAGGUGGAAGUGGACGGGCAGAAGUUUCGGGGGGCCGGCCCCAACAAAAAGGUAGCAAAGGCCAGCGCCGCCCUGGCCGCCCUGGAAAAACUCUUCUCGGGUCCCAAUGCCGCCGCCAACAAGAAGAAGAAGCUGCUGCCUCAGACCAAAGGAGCGUUGGCGGCGGCGGCGGCAGCCUCAGCGGUGGCCGCCCAGGUCGCUAGAGGAAGGGGAAGAGCCGCGUUGGCACGGGGAGCCUUCGUCAGUGCCGCCGCGCCGGGAUACGUGACGACAGCAGGUUUCGGGACGCCGUAUGGCUACAGCCCUGCCGCUGCUGCUGCCGCCGCCGCUGCGGCUGCUGCUCCCGCUUACGGAGGUCUUUUCAUCGACAAUCCCUUCUACCAGCCGCGCACCAUCGCACCGUUCAUCAUCCAUCUGGGCCCCCAGGAUCUCUUCUCUGACUUCUAGAGGUUUUUGGUUCUCUUGGACCCCCCCACACCCGAACAACCGACCCCCCCGCCAACCUGAAAUGAAACCACCUCCCCUUGUCUUUGUCUUUUUUUGUUCUUUUGCCUUUCUCUUCUUGCUGCUGCCCUCUUCUUCUAUGACUGAUUCUUACGCCAAGAUGGCGCUUGCUACACAAGGGGGGGGGUGCGUACACAAAAGCAAUACUUGGGAGACAAGCUGGACGGGGAUGGGGGGGUUGGGGGCUGCUCUUUUCUAGCAAUACACUCUUGGGAAGAAUGUCCUACACGUGGCGUUGCAAUAGCAGGUCUUGAUUGUAUCUCUAUGAUAUAUAGCUCUACUGUACGUGUGUGUGUACGUAUGACACAUAUACUGCUAUAACUACACACUAGCGUGUACUUAUGUAAAUACACUAUAAAGGAUAACUUAUUGUUCUAUUUUAGGAUGAUACUAUCACUUAGCUUUCUUCCCGUUUUCUAUAAACACACAAGCUAGAUGUAGGAAAAUACUAUAUACAGUAUAUAAAUAUAUACAGUAUAUCUUUAAUAUUACUACAGUACUAUUCAUGUCUACUCUUAAGACUCUCCUUCCUUCCUUUUUCUCUACCAAUCACACUCACUUCCUGUCAGAAAGCACACGUUUUUCAAACGCCUCACGGCUGGCAGGGAUGUGACAGGCGUGUGUGUGUGUGUGUGUGUGUGUGUAAUGCACGACUUACAGUACCUGAUAUGGGGUUGCAGUAUAUGAAGUACAAAAACUGGCUUCCUAACAUCCCGACCUGCAUGUUGACACACGAUGCAGAGUCUUUGCUGUACUUUUAUUUUGAAAAAUGUUUUCAUUCCCGCUGUUUUUUUACGACAUGACAUCGCGUUAGAGUAGUCUGCGUACAGCGUCCACGGUAGGAUAAGAUGUACUAUCCACUGAAAAGGAGUCAUACGUAAUAACAAAAGUGCCAGGAGGAUAAUGUAGGGCCUGGAGCUGCAUGAGUGCUGCCAGCAUCGGGGGAGCCGCGGUUCUUGGAGGCGGUUUUACAGCAAAACAACCCAGAGGUUGUGUUGACUCGUUUUCAGUCCUAUACAGGCUGUACACUGACUACUCUAAAGUAUAUCCAAGUGUGCUGUGUAUAGUCCCGCCCCCUUCAGGAGAUAUCACAACAUUCUGUCGCUUCAGUGCGGGCAUCCGUCAGUGAAAUGUGUUUAAAAUGAAGUGUCCCCCCCCCCCUCCCCCGUGCUCUCUCCAGAUGGCCAGAUUUUUAUUAAUGAGGAAGACCUUCACAUUUACAGUCACCCUGGCCACCCGCCCCCCACACCCACAGAGAGAGUUUACCCGUGCGUCUGCCCCCGAGAGGACAAGUGGUGAAAUCGUCGUGAUGCUAGGACUGGAAAAGAUGAAGGAAACAGGAGGAGGUUUCAUGCUGCGCUGGUAGCCUGGCUGGAGCCACAGCGCCCCCGCUGCUUGCAGCCAAGUACUGCACUCCAGUUCCCUCAUCAUCCAGUUCCCAAAAAUUAUUAUUAUUAUUCCCAACUAUGCGGCACGGCGGUCGAGUGGUUAGCGUGCAGACCUCACAGCUAGGAGACCAGGAUUCAAUUCCACCCUUGGCCAUCUCUGUGUGGAGUUUGCAUGUUCUCCCCGUGCAUGUGUGGGUUUUCUCCGGGUACUCCGGUUUCCUCCCACAUUCCAAAAACAUGCUAGGUUAAUUGGCCACUCCAAAUUGUCCAUAGGUAUGAAUGUGAGUGUGAAUGGUUGUUUGUCUAUAUGUGCUCUGUGAUUGGCUGGCCACCAGUUCAGGGUGUACCCCGCCUCUCGCCCCCAAGACAGCUGGGAUAGGCUCCAGCACCCAUGCGACCCUUGUGAGGAAAAAGCAGUAGAAAAUGAUUGAAUGAAUGAAUUCCCAACUAUCACAGCAGGAAGCUCAACAUUUCAUCAGUGUCAUGUAUUUAGGGUUCCCACCAAUAGAGGGCGGUAUUGGACAUGCUCUACCAAGGACUGCAUUCGUUUAGGCCGGUAGACAGUCACUCCUCAUAGGUAAUAAUUAAAACUAGGGGUUUUAAUCCGAUAAUCAUCCAUCGUACCGAUAAUUCCCAUGAAAAAUUCCAUGAAAAAUAGCUCUGAUAAUUUAAUUAAUUAAGUUUCCCAGAGACCUCCGUAGUGGCACACCAGCUGCUCAAGGCGUGUGCCCGAAUACAGAGCACCAUGCUGGGCCACAGCAGGUGGCUCCUUCCCCUCUAUACUCUGGUUCUCCUCAUGUCAUGAUGUUUGAUUUGGACCAAUCAGCAGGUCCGCUUGGUCACAUCCUAGUUUCUUCAACUUGGAUGCAGACAAGGAGGAACACUAAUAAAUUCCGCUCAUUCCUCAUUAGCAUUAUGUCACCUUGUUGUCUGCACAUAAAGCUGGAAUUAUUUUCUGUAAAAUAUAUUUUCUUGUCGGAAAAAUUAGGUUUCGGUUUUUGUUGGACCUUUUGGAACAAACAAAUCCCCCAAAACAUGCUGAGUGCUGGCUAGCGGUGAGCGCUGAAAUAUGACAUUUAGUAGAAUUAUGCUGGAAAAAAGCUCAGGUUGGCCAGCUUUUUGGUUUGCGGGUGCCAGUUUUCCUUGUUUUUUGUUGGAAUUUCAUCAACAUAAAGACACAGAGGAGAUAAAUAAAAAAGCACAAAGGAAACACACAUCACACUCAGGGCGAGCGAUCACACGCUAAUAUGCAACUUUUGGCAUGAAGAUGAGAGAAAACAGUGUAUGUCUGUCUAUAUAUAUAUAUAUAUAUAUAUAUAUAUAUAUAUAUAUAUAUAUAAUAUAUUAUAAUAUAUAAUUGCUGUUGUUGUUUUUUUGCUUUUGUACAUUUUUUUAUUUUAAUAUUAUGAUUUUAUUCCCAUAAUAUUUUCACUUAUUUUCCCAUAAUAUGAUAACUUUUUCUUUUCCAGUCACAUUAUUUUUUCCUCAUAAUAUUACGUGUUUAUUUCCCUAAAAUUGCGGCUUUUUUCAUAAUAGAAUGAAAGAACUUUUUUCUUUUAAUAUUUUGACUGAUUUUUUAUUUCUGUUGUAGGGUUUUUUUCAACUACUUCAAUAUUCUUUUCGGGGAUUUUCUUCUGAUAAUAUUAUGACUUAAUUCCCAUACUAUUAUAACUUUUUUCCCCCCAAAAUGACAACUUUAUUUUGUUUUGUUUGUACAACUUAAAAUAACAUAUUUUUCUGGGAUAUUCCAAUUCAAUGGUACUACAGUUACAUCAUAAUAUUUCAAGUUUAUUACCAUAUAAUUGUGACAUUUAAAUAAAUAUUUUGACUUUAUUUUUGUAAGAUUAGAGACUUUUUUCAAUUUCUGUUUUUAAUUUAAAUUUCUUUUAGGGAAUUUUCUUCCCAUAAUAUUCUGACUUUAUUCCCAUCAUGUAAUCAUUUUUGACCCAAUCUAAUUUUCUUAAAUUCCAACAUUAUUUGUUUUUGUGUUUUUUUAUAUUACAACUUCAAAAAAAUAGUCGUUAAUAUUUCAACUUCAGCUACUAAAAUGAUAUUUUUUAAUCAUAAAAUUAUGGCUUUUUAAAAUCAGAUUACAGCUUUAUCCUCUUAAUAUUGUGGCGUUAUUCUUGUAAAAUUCUUGCUGUUGUUUAUUCUUUUUAGUUAUGGUGUUAAAGAAUAUUUUUAGAAUGUGCCGCGGCCAAUGAAAAAGCAGCGGCGGGCCGCAAACGGACCCCGGUCCGCACCUUGAUAUGAGGUAUAAAAUGUAUAUAAGAAUAACGACGGUGGUGUGAAAUAGCGCUGUCCGGCAUGUUGCUGGAGGGUGAACGCAGGCGGUGCCACAGAGAUGCAUGCUGGGUGUUGGGAAGCCAGAUGGCGUAGUCGGGACCCUGCAAGCCCAGCAGAAAUAGAUACGGAAUAGAUCCCAGAUCACAUUUCACCUGCGCUGUUGACCAGAAUAACUGCGGAUCAUAUCAUUUUCGGAGUGUGUGUGUUUGGGGGGGCUUGACACACACACACACACACACACACACAUGUUAAGCAUGUUUUAGCAUACAAAGCUGCUGUUGAAGGUUCAUCAGCGUCCCGAUGAAGGAAGGAGAAGACAAAGUUGUGAAUGUAGUGAUUGUAGAAUAGAAUGUAUUUACUCCUAGAGUAAACUUGCUUUUUCUAGAGGAGCAUAUAAACAUACACACUAUACUACAGUAUAUACCUACAGUAUGAUGGACACAUGCAUACACUAUACUAUACUAUACACUAUACUAUACUAUCCACAUGUUUGGACAACUUGAAUUGUUUUGGGCGCAUCCGUUUUUAUUUGAAGUCUUCGGACAAAUCACCGUCCUUUUGAGUGUUGGAUGUAAAUAUUCCUUUUUUUAAGCUUUUGACAAACAUCAUUUUCUGAUGCCGCCUACGACGUUGUGAUUAUAAAAGCGAUAUUUAAUCCUCACCGGUGGAGCAGCCGAGGAGGCCGUUGGUGAUUUGCUGUUGGUAGCAAAAUGUUGACGGCGAAGAGAAGAUGAUGGCACGUCAUCCGUGUCCUUGGAAGUCAACAAUAAAGCAGAGAAACAA